CGACAGAAUGGAAGCAACCUACACCCAAACCCGGUGAGUGGCAUGGUGAGUGUGCGUAACCAAAACCCCAACCACCCAAAACCGAGUGCCAGCAUUCAUCUGGGAUAUGAUAGGACACCAAAAGGGACAUUCAAAAGUCAGAAAGGAACACCCCAAAGGAUACGGCAAAGGUGUUUUAGAACAAGUUGUAUCCUUUUUCUUUACUAACUUUCCUGAUGACUGGAGGUCAGGUGAAAUGUGGAAAGCUUUUAUCAGAUGUGGAAGGGCGAUAGAUGUAUAUGUGGCAAAGAAAAAGGACAAGUGGGGGCAGAGCUUUGGAUUUGUUCGAUUCCUGGAGGUGAAGAACAUCAGAGGCAUGGAGAUUAAACUGAACCAGAUCAAAGUCGGGCAGAGGACGAUCCAAGCAAAUGUGGCCAGAUUCUCCAACGCUGAAGAUCAGAUUAAACAAAAAUCUCACUCUGCAAUCCAACACAGCAACAAGCCGAUAACAGUAUCUUAUGCAGAAGCCGUCAUAAACGGCCGAAGGAAUCAUGCAAAAGCAGUAGGUCUGGAGGUGUUGGCAGAGGAAGAAGAUCUGAAAUGGCUUAAAGACUGCUUUGUGGGUAUAGCAAAAAGGCCGGAGAUCAUCAGCACUCUUCAAGACAAAUUUCUUAUGGAGGGCUAUUUUUCCGCUAAAGUAACUCCGAUGGGAGGAAAGUUAGUCUUGCUUUCAUCUAUAGAUCAUGAGGAGUUAAAGGAUUUAGUUGAACAAGGGAAGGAUUGGUUGGCUCAACGGUUUUCCGAUGUGAGACCGUGGACGCCAACGGAAGUAGCUUCUGAAAGGUUUACUUGGCUAAGAUGCCAAGGAGAACAUUCAAAGGGUCUUAAGAGAUCAAUUUCAGAGGAAUGGUCGGAUGAGUCCAACGGCGACUUUCAUGAAGAUGGUAAAUGGGACAGUAAUUGGCAAGUAGCAGAGGAGGAUGAUGAAGUGCAGCAAUUCCCGGGGAUGGCAGAAUUAGCACCGGCGGAGUCAGAACGGUCAAUGAAUAUGAGUAUGGAAGAAGUAAAGAUCUCUGAAAAGAUCUAUCGGCAUGAGGGCUCAUUAAAUGCAGUAUGUCAAAAUUCAAACUCACUGGCUGCGGAUGAGGAACCCGAGGUGAAUGGUAGAGAGGCUACUUCGGAUAAUACUCUGAAGAGUGCAGAUGACAAAAGGGGUGGUAUUAUGAAGAUAAGCAGAGAUUAUCCUAAUACAUGUAGCCAACCAAAUCAAAGCCCAAGCCCAAGACAAAUUUCCUGUGCUUUGGGCCAAAGUAGGCUGAACCAAUUCGGGGUCAAGUCCAAUGGCAGUGAAAAGGGAUUAGAAGACUUGCCGAUGAUGGGAAGGAAGUUUACAUGGUUCAAGUCUGAUGGUUCAGCAAUGAGUAGGCUAGAUAGAUUCUUGGUGUCUACUGGGUUUCUCUUAAACUUUCCUGAUCUAAUUCAAAAAGGUUUAAGUAGAGAUAUUUCAGACCACUGCCCAGUAAUGCUAAUUAGCUCAAGUAAGGAUUGGGGGCCUAAGCCUUUCAGAACUCUAGACUGCUGGUUUGAACUGAAAGAAUUCUGCCCUUUUGUUCAGGAGAAAUGGAAAAGCUACAAUGUGGAGGGUUGGAAUGGGUUCAGAUUGAAGGAGAAAUUUAAAAUGCUAAAGAAUGACCUAAAGGAAUGGAAUAGGGAGGUGUUUGGGCACAUUGACAGGAAAUUAGAGAAGAUAAGAGGUGAGAUCAAGAAGUUUGAUGACAUAGCCGAAAAUGGAGGUCUAUCAGAAUCUGAAAUUGAACAAAGGCGAUCUUUCUUCCAGCAAUUCUGGGAGUGGAACUCAAGAAAGGAUAGCUUGUUAUUUCAAAAGUCAAGGCAGAAAUGGCUCCAGGAAGGUGACGCCAAUAGCAAAUUUUUCCAUGGAUGCAUUGUGAAGAGAAGAAGAAGAAAUGGGAUAAAAGGUGUUAUGAAGAAUAAUUCAUGGGUUGAGGAAGUCCCAGAGGUGAAAAAAACAGUCAAAGAAUAUUUUGAACUCAAGUUCCAGGAGGAUGAAUGGGACAGACCUAGCCUAGAGAUAACUGACCUAAAGCAACUGAGUCUAGAGGAUAACAGCUGGCUGACGGCAGAGUUCUCAGAAGAAGAAGUAAAGGAAGCAAUGUGGAACUGUAAUGGGAGUAAAAGCUCGGAACCUGACGGAUUCAACUUCAACUUCAUUAAAAGAAUGUGCUGGCUGACGGCAGAGUUCUCAGAAGAAGAAGUAAAGGAAGCAAUGUGGAACUGUAAUGGGAGUAAAAGCUCGGAACCUGACGGAUUCAACUUCAACUUCAUUAAAAGAAUGUGCUGGCUGACGGCAGAGUUCUCAGAAGAAGAAGUAAAGGAAGCAAUGUGGAACUGUAAUGGGAGUAAAAGCUCGGAACCUGACGGAUUCAACUUCAACUUCAUUAAAAGAAUGUGCUGGCUGACGGCAGAGUUCUCAGAAGAAGAAGUAAAGGAAGCAAUGUGGAACUGUAAUGGGAGUAAAAGCUCGGAACCUGACGGAUUCAACUUCAACUUCAUUAAAAGAAUGUGCUGGCUGACGGCAGAGUUCUCAGAAGAAGAAGUAAAGGAAGCAAUGUGGAACUGUAAUGGGAGUAAAAGCUCGGAACCUGACGGAUUCAACUUCAACUUCAUUAAAAGAAUGUGGUCAACCAUCAAGCAAGACAUUAUAGCCUUUGUCAAAGAAUUUUGGGUGAACGAGAAACUGGUGAAAGGAAGCAAUUUAUCCUUCAUAGCCUUGAACCUAAAGAAAGAAUCUCCGCAAGGCUUAGGGGAUUACAGGCCUAUCUCCCUAAUCGGAUGCUUGUAUAAAAUAAUUUCUAAGCUUUUUGCAAAUAGAUUGAGGAAGGUUAUCCAUGAAGCUAAGAAGAGAAGGAGGCCCACACUAAUCUUCAAAGCUGAUUUUGAAAAAGCCUACGAUAGUGUUAACUGGAAUUUCUUAAAUUUGAUGAUGGAAAAAUUCGGAUUCUGUCUGAAGUGGAGAAAGUGGAUCAUGGAAUGCUUAGCUACUUCAACUGUUUCUAUUCUGGUGAAUGGUAGUCCUACAGCGGAAUUCAGCAUGAAAAAAGGUUUAAGACAAGGUGAUCCCUUAGCUCCAUUCUUAUUUCUCUUAGUUGCUGAAGCACUUAACGGGUUGAUUCACAAAGCAAAAGAGUUAAAUAUGUACAAGGGAGUGGAGGUGGGAGAGGAACGACUAGAGGUUUCACACCUCCAAUUUGCUAAUGACUCCAUUUUCUUCUAUGAUGCAAUAGACUCAAAUAUUAGAGCAAUCAAAGGGAUCCUCCGAACCUUCGAGCUUGUAUCGGGGCUCAAAGUGAAUUUCUUCAAAAGUGCUUUAUAUGGAAUCAAUGUUAAGGUAGAGGAUAUAAGUGAAUGGGCAAAAGCUCCAAAUUGUGUGGCGGGCGCGACGCCAUUCAAAUAUCUCAGGAUACCAGUUGGAGCUAACUUGACGAAGCUAUCAACCUGGGCACCUGUCAUUGACUGUUUGAGGCACAAAUUGUCAAACUGGAAAUGCGAAUCACUGUCCUUUGGCGAAAGAAUCGUCCUCCUUAACGCUGUCCUAUCAAGUAUUCCGGUAUACUUUUUUUCAACCAUGAGAGCACCCAAAAAGGUAUCUAAGUUGCUGGCCUUAAUUCAAAGGAGAUUUCUAUGGGGAGGUAGGAAGGAUUGUAGGAAAAUAGCAUGGGUGAGUUGGAAGAAAGUAUGUAGAAGUAGAAAAAAGGGAGGAUUAGGUGUUAAAGACUUGGGCAGAUUUAAUAUGGCUCUCUUAGGAAAAUGGAGAUGGAGAUUGGUGGUUGAAAAAGAGACAUUAUGGAACAAGGUAGUAGAGGCAAAAUAUGGGGUCCAUAAGAAAAGGGAUUGGGAAGGGAAAAAUGUGAAGCCUAAUGGUUCAUAUUGGUGGAAGGCAGUGUGGAAGCUAGAUAAAGAAGUAGGGCAUAACGAGGAAUGGGUUUACAAGGGCUUGGUGAAAAAUGUGGGGGAAGGGAACGACACACUAUUUUGGCAGGAAAAAUGGUGUGGGGAGAUGACUCUUAAGGAGAAAUUCAACAGGCUAUUCAGAGUGGCAGAAAGUAAGGAAGCUUUGAUUAAAAAUAUGGGCGAAUGGAGGAAUGGAGAAUGGUCUUGGAAGUGGAGUUGGCGUAGGGAAUUGAUUGGACGAGAGCAUUCCUUAUUGCAGGAUCUUGAGAAGCUGAUGCAAGAAAGUAAACUGAAGGAAGGAAGGCAAGACAACUGGAGUUGGAAGCAUGAUCCAAAUGGAUCUUACUCAACAAAAUCUGCUUACUCCCUGUUAAAUAUUAAUGUAGAGGAGCAAGAAUCAAUUCAAUUAAACAAGCUUAAGGCCAAGACUAAUUCUGAUCUUGCCAAAGAACAAUGGUGGAAGAAUCCUAAGGAAGCACUGAAAUGAAAUAGAAUUAGUUUGUGAUUAAGUAGUGGGUUGUUCUGAUUCUGUAAGUCAAGAUUAUUACAAGAUGAUGUAACGAGUUGGAGUACCCCUUCUACUCCUGUUUCUAAUUUAAUUAAUCUUCAUUUUGUCG